AUGUUUAAAUCAGUUUUUCGUCCAUGUGCUGCUGUCGCUAAAAAUGCUAGAAUGACUUUACCCGUUAGAAAUAGCAUUUUAAUGCCACAAAUGAUGGUAUCACCAAUUCGUUUCUAUUCUGCUACUACUGACAGAAAUGAAAUCACUCAAAGAGUCGUUGAUGUGAUCAAGGCAUUUGAUAGAACAAAUGCAUCUGCUGAUAUUAGCUCAAAGACUCUUUUCCAUAAGGAUCUAGGUUUAGAUUCCCUUGAUACUGUGGAACUUUUAGUUGCUAUUGAAGAGGAUUUUGAUAUCCAAUUCCCUGAUAAAGUGGCGGAUGAACUAAAGGGUGUUGAAGAUACUGUAGAAUGGAUUGCAAACCAUCCUGAAUCUGAAUAA